UCGAAGCCUUGAAACCAGCCGAACACCCCCUUUUGGCUCUUUCUCCGCCUCCCUGUAUAUCUCUCCGCUCGGAAAAUCCACGCAGACCAAAAACCCUAUUUAAACCCCGAAAACCCAAAACACAAUAAUCAAAACAAGAAGAAGAAGAAGAAGAAGAAAUAAUGACUUCAACAAUGCUUCGAUCUCGCAUUUUAUCUAUCGCAUCCAGAACCAAUAAACCUAAUCGCCGAUUCUUUUGUUCAAACAAAGAAUCCACCAUCUCUUCUCAAUCAAUUACAUUCGAUCAAUCUGCGGCGGCGGGGGAAGCACCAGCGCAGGCUGUUGGGGGUUCGGAGAACAAGGCAUGGAGUUUCUUUAAAUACGGAAUUGUUGGAGCUCUCACUGGAGCCACUGCUUUUGCUGGCUACGCUUCUUACGCAUACAGCUUGGAUGAAGUGGAGGAAAAGACGAAAGCGUUGCGAGAAUCAGUGAACCAUACUGCUGGCAAUGAUGCGUCCAAUGUUGAGAAAUAUCAAGGUUUGCUGUACUCCACUGCAAUGACAGUUCCUGCUAAAGCAGUGGAACUUUACUUGGAUAUGAGGAGGCUGCUGGAAGAACAUGUCAAAGGUUUUACUGAACCAGCCUCAGAAAAGCUUCUUCCUGAUUUGCAUCCUGCUGAGCAGCAUGUUUUUACACUAGUUUUAGAUCUUAAUGAGACAAUAAUUUAUAGUGAUUGGAAGCGUGAUAGAGGCUGGCGAACAUUCAAACGACCUGGAGUAGAUGACUUCUUGCAACAUGUUGGACGGUUCUAUGAAAUUGUUGUGUAUUCUGACCAGCUGAGUAUGUAUGUUGAUCCUGUUGUUGAAAGGUUGGAUACAAACCACUUUAUACGAUAUAGACUAUCAAGGAGUGCUACCAAGUAUCAGAAUGGCAAUCAUUAUAGAGAUCUUUCAAAACUUAAUAGGGAUCCAGGUAAAAUUCUCUAUGUGAGUGGCCAUGCAUUUGAAAAUAGCCUUCAGCCAGAAAACUCUGUCCCAAUUAAGCCAUUUAAGACCGACGAAAUGGGUGAAGUACCGCUGGAUACAGCACUUUUGGAUCUCAUUCCCUUUCUCGAGUAUGUUGCUCGCAACAGUCCAUCUGAUAUCAGAAAGGUGUUGGCAUCUUAUGAAAGAAAAGACGUAGGAAAAGAGUUUCUUGAGCGUUCUAAAGAUUAUCAGAGGCGGAUGCAAGAACAGAGGCAGCAAGGUCGCAUCUGGCAUCGUUGAGGCUUGGGGUUAGUGUAUGAUACAGUAAAUGAAUUUUUGGUAGACAAGGAGAUGAAAGUGAAGAGUGCCAUGGGAGAUAUUGAAAGCACAUUCCAUUAAAAACGGUUUCCCUCUUAAUGAGAUAAGGAUUGUUGAAAUUCAUUUCCCUGCAUAACUUCUAUGUCUGACAUGAGAAUUUGUGAUUUUUGAUCCCCUGCUUUUGGAGUCAGAUUUCUUACAAAACUAUCGAGAUUACUGAAGAGAUUGAGAUUCACUGAGUUUUUCUUCUUCCCUGUAGCAACACUUGGAUGCAUGCCACUGAUUUUCUAGCACUGAAAUAAUUGUAGUCCCACUGCCAA